CACCUCUCUCUUCUUCUUCUUCUCUCCGCAACUACUUCCUUCGUCUACUCGAUCUCGCUUCUGAGCAGGCACGGCGGUCUCGAGUCGAUCGAGCUCAUCCACUGCAUUGUUCGCUCCAUCCGGCUGAUCCGAUGGGCAAGAAAGGUGCCCUCACCUCCAUCUUCUCCAGGUCCUCCAGCCUCGCUAGCGACUCGUCCACGGCGGCCGUGAUACCCUGGCCGUGGCCAUCCUGCCGGGACCCGCAGACCGACUCCUUCCGUGCCGCCGAGGAGCCCUGCGCCACGGCUGCUGGUGGCAGCAGGUGCGGCCCUGUCGCCGCGAGGCACCGCAAGCUGGUGGGUGCCCCCGCCGAGAUGUACAAGACGGUCAACUCGGUCUACAUCGACCCCGACGACGGCGAGUCAUUCUCUUGCCUUAGCGCGGAGGAGGAGGAAACGGUUGUGGUGGAGGACGACGGCUUCUCGACGCCCGAGGAUGAGUGGUCGGAGGCUGUGAUCCGCAGCCUCAGCCGGACGACCUCGUCCACCGGUCGCUUCUUCUUCGACCAGGGGCCAGCGACCAACUCCAUCCUGUCCGCGGCGGCGGCCUCGACAACCGGCAGUACACCACCGGAGGAGGAGAACGACAAGCCGGCGGCGCUGUCCAAGAACGGGAAGCCAGGAGAUGGUGGCAAGUCGCUGGUGGUGGAGGAGAGCGUGGCGGUGCCAAUGGACUCGGCGGACCCGUACGGCGACUUCCUGUCGUCCAUGGAGGAGAUGGUGGCCGCGCACGAGCUGCGCGGCUGGGACGCGCUGGAGGAGCUGCUGGUAUGGUACCUGCGGGUGAACGCCAAGCACCACCACCCGCUCAUCGUCAGCGCCUUCGUCGACCUGCUCGUCCGCCUCACCACCAGCGCCACGGCAAGCACCUCGACGACGACAAUGACGAUGACGUCGAGUAGUAGCACCAGCAGCUCGAGCAGCGGCACGAGCAGCACGAGUACUACUAGUAGCAGCACGAGCACGAGUACUGGUGGCGAUGGUGUGGUUGUUAGUGCUACAUCAGCAACGGGACAAUGCGACGGCGGGAAUGAAGCUUCUGCGUCUUGCUCGUCGUCUUCUUCGUGCGCCCCGCGUGACGACGACGAGGCCAGUCGUGGGGAAGACUAGCCACUCGACUAAUCAUAGAUUAGACGACAAUCGGCAAGUAAUCUGCAUGCAUGUGAUUUUGGCUUUUGGUCCGGGCUAAUCAAGCAACUAACAAGUUUUUCUUUCUUUUGUGGCGGGGAAGC